UCGCCAGUUCUGCAAAACAGGCUGAUAGAAUAAGUAUGAAAAAUAAGUACUGAGGUUGAUUUGUUAGAUUAAAACUCUUCAAUGUAGUGCUCCAGCAUGACUGCAGUUCAGUGACCGAAACACAGAAGAUAAGAGAUAUCUUAUACAUAGAAAGAGGGAGGAGCGUAGCGCAUUUACAUCCAUACAAAUAUGCUCCACAGUUAAACAUAUAAAGCGGGGUUAGAAAAUAGCAGGCGUCAGUUAGUGAAAGAGCACCGAUCUGUGUUCAGUUGCGAUAACUGAUUUGAUACGAAGUCUUCUCUCACCGGUCACUUUUCCAAGUUUUUUUCGACUAUCACAAUGGCAACUACCUGUCUUCUAAGAUAUGUCCAGAAGGCAUAUUCCAGAGUACCUGCAAGAGCUUUCUCAUCCUUAGUGGAUCUUCCAGACACACACAAAAUGCUGCAAGAAACAUGUCAUGAAUUUGCUGAGAAAGAGUUGAUGCCAGUAGCUGCUGAAAUUGACAAAUUAAAGAAGUUCCCAGCAGAACAGAUAAAAAAACUCGGGGACCUUGGACUUUUGGCUAUUACUAUACCUUCAGAAGAUGGUGGCACUGGAUUAGAUUCUCUUGCUUAUGCUAUAGCAAUGGAAGAGAUUAGUCGUGGUUGUGCUACAUGUGGAGUUAUUAUGAGUGUCAAUAAUUCUCUUUACUUAGCACCAAUUAAAGACUUUGGAAAUUCAUCACAGAAAAAAGAAUACAUCUCAUCUUACAUAGAUGGAGAUAAAAUAGGAUGUUUUGCCUUAAGUGAACCAGGUAAUGGGAGUGAUGCAGCUGCAGCAUCAACAGUUGCACACCUGCAUGGUGACCAUUGGGUGCUAAAUGGUACCAAGUCAUGGAUCACCAAUGGCUAUGAAGCUUCAGCAGCAAUUGUUUUUGCAACAACAGACAAAGCUAAGAAACACAAGGGUAUAAGUGCAUUUAUUGUACCAACAUCUUCUGAAGGGUUUUCUCUUGGGAAAAAAGAAGACAAACUUGGCAUCAGGGGUUCUUCAACAUGUAAUUUAAUUUUUGAUGAUUGCAAAAUUCCUAAAGAAAAUAUCCUUGGUCCAGAAGGAGCUGGUUUUAAAAUUGCUAUGCAAGUUCUUGACGGUGGUAGAAUUGGUAUUGCUGCUCAAGCUGUCGGAAUAGCUCAGGCUGCAAUGGAUUGUGCUGUGGCAUAUUCUCUUAAAAGAGAAGCAUUUGGAGCCCCAAUUGCUAAAUUACAAGCUGUUCAGAUGAAAUUAGCUGACAUGGCAUCCAAAAUUGAUUCUUCUCGUCUUCUUUUAUGGAGAGCUGCUAUGUUAAAGGAUGCUAAAAGACCUUUUUCAAAGGAAUCAGCCAUGGCUAAGUUAGUUGCUUCAGAAGCUGCAACUGCUGUUAGUCACCAGGCAAUCCAAGUUCUUGGAGGAAUGGGAUAUGUUUCUGAUAUGCCUGCAGAGCGCCAUUAUAGAGAUGCAAGAAUUACUGAAAUCUAUGAAGGAACAAGUGAAAUUCAACGUCUUGUUAUUGCAGGAAGCCUAAUCAAAGAAUAUCAGCAGAUGAAUCUUUGAAUCUUUACUGCAGAACAACAACUAAUAAACUAAUGAUUUGUGGUAACAUUAAUAUUUUUUUCAAUAAAAUAAGAAACAAUUUAACCAAAGAUUUCAAUUUAAAUGAUGGGAGUAAAAAAUGGGCAUUUGAUAUUGCACUUGUACAUUUUAAUGGUGAGUAUUUCAGAGAAAAACGUUUAGUUCUUUGAGUGGCGCACUGGUAUGAAGACGGCGAGCUGGCAGAAACGUUAGCACACCGGGCGAAAUGCUUAGCGGUAUUGCGUCUGUCGUUGCGUUCUGAGUUCAAAUUCCACCGAGGUUGACUUUGCCUUUCAUCCUUUCGGGGUCGAUAAAUUAAGUACCAGUUACGCACUGGGGUCGAUGUAAUCGACUUAGUCCGUUUGUCUGUCCUUGUUUGUCCCCUCUGUGUUUAGCCCCUUGUGGGCAAUAAAGAAACAGAUAUGAAGACAAAAUGAGUGUGAGGUUAAGGUGCUGGACUACUAACAACUUUAUCAAAGGUUCCAAUCUUAUGAUUGUUAUUGUAUUGUCUCUAAGCAAGGGACUUAACCACUGCCUGUUCAAACUUACCUGACCAAACAAA